AGAGAAAACACAUUUCGUACGUCAGACUUUAAUCAAUGACCUGACGUGGGCCAAUCCCGCAGAUGAAAAGCCAAAAUGGAGGGUCAUGGGACAAGCUACGGUGGUUCCUACUCUGGUGGAGAUUUUGAUUUAGUUGAAUUUGUUAAACGACCACGGACUAUUUGUCGUUUUCUUAGUAUUAUAUUUACAAUCGUUGUGUUUGGUUGCAUAUCAGCUGCAUGUUACGAUGACAAUGGUCAUUGCAUCUUCAACAGAAAUGUAGAUGCUUGCCAGUUUGGAACAGCCAUUGGUGUUUUGGCGUUUCUGGCGUGUUUGUUGUUUCUUGCUGUAGAUGCACAGUUUAAUGGUAUCAGCAGUGCAGAAAUGAGAAAGCACCUGGUCAUUGCAGAUUUAGGGAUUUCUGGCUUCUGGGCGUUUCUGUGGUUUGUGUGCUUCUGUUUCUUAGCAAAUCAAUGGCAAAAGUCUGAUAUCAAAUCUCAAAAUCAAACUAAUCAUGCGAGGGCAGCCAUUGCAUUCUCAUUUUUUUCAAUUUUUACCUGGGUGGCUUUAGCUGCAAUGGCAUACCAACGAUACAAACAAGGUGAUAGCUUCAGUAACGUGGACCAGCAAGACUUUCCACACGGUAACCGAGAGUAUGGAAAAUCGCCGUAUGCGUCUUUCCCGCACCCUGGAGAAGAUGAGCCUGCUUCGUAUCAACAGCAGCCAUUCGGUGUGCCGCAACAACCAUUUGGUGUUCCGCCGCCGCAACAACCUGUAAAAACAGAGUAUAAUGUACCUGAAUACUAGAAAAACUAAUUUACGAUAUGUUCUAAGACGUCUCACAAUUUUGCAUAAGUAAUGGAGGAUGACGAAAGAAGUUUUUGUAUUAGACAAUUUCUUUUAUAGAACAUAUAUGUACAUUAGAUGCGACAGCAGUUCCCUGCUCAUCUAAGAUUCAAAAGCAUGUUAAAAACUUUUUUGCGUUCUGCAAUUUUGCUUUCAUUUAAAUAUAACGUUUUCUCAAGGUGACCACACCUAAAAUUAAAAUAACCAAAAAAUUAAAAACUCUUUAAAGUUCGAACCUACAAAAAGAAAGACCAGGUUUUAUGUUUUAGUAGCUUUUCGUUUCCUCUUAACUAUUUGUCAAAACCGCCUGAAAUAUGGAAUGUUUUUUAUGCUUUCUCCUAAAUUUUUAUCCCUAAGUCACCUAAAAUAUCUUUUAAAAUUGCAUGACGUAGACGUCCCAUUUCUAGCACUUUAAAAAAGAAAUGUAGAAGUUUUAUCGCGGAAUAAAUUUUCGCGAAUUGCGCUCAAACUUUACGAAAAAUUUUUCCACAAAUUGUGGGCAUAUUUGCGACUAUUUCUUUUCAUGAAAUUAUAUUUCACUAAAAUCUUUUUAUGCACAAAUUUGAGGUAACCUUUUUGUUUAGAUAUUUUAAUUUUGUAUGCGCACAUUUGUUCUUAUAAGCCUGUGAGCCAACACAUCAGAGGUAAUGAAUAAUUAGCUAGUAGAAGAAAAUAGGUGGCUUUGUUAACAGCUUGAAUUUUGUUGUUAAUGUAAUUUAAAAGAAUGUAAUUUUUAAUGAAAUCUUUGUACGUUGCCUGCAAACUUAUCUUUUGUGUUACAACUAUUUUUACGUAUGUUUAAAGACGCGAUUUUGUGAUCCA